UUUGAUUACCUCCGAGUUAAUAAAAAUAGCUUGAACUGUCAUAGUUCAACAUAGUCUAAUCCAACAUAUUUAUAUACGGCUGUAGCUUGUAACUUUUCACUUCAAGUCUCCAAAAUCGCUAACCAUCUGAUGCUCCAUCAAUUCCUAGAAACAAUAAACCCCCCAAAACCUCCCCAAAACCCUUUAAACCAAUUCUCCUUUGAACAAAACUACAGAAACAUCUGCGACCUUCUGCUCUCUUUAACGCACUCAAGGUCCCUUCCAAAGGGUCUGCAACUCCAUGCCCACAUCAUCAAGUCAGGCAUCCAAACCAUCCCUCUCGUUUCUCAUCACCUCAUCAACUUCUACUCCAAGACCCAACUCCCUCUCUUUUCCCGUCAAGUCUUCUUCGAAGCCCCACAGAAGAGUCCCACAACUUGGAGCUCAGUCAUCUCCUCUUUCGCUCAAAAUGAACUCCCUUCCCUUGCAAUCCAGUUUUUUCGUGAAAUGCUUGUUAAUAACGUCAAGCCCGACGAUCAUAUCUUCCCUAGCGCAACUAAAUCAUGUGCGAUUUUGGGAAGGUUUGAUGUCGGGCAAUCAAUACAUUGCCUUGUUUUGAAAACUGGGUAUGAUACGGAUGUGUUCGUGGCGAGUUCUUUGGUGGAUAUGUAUGGGAAAUGCGGGAAAAUUAAGGUUGCAAGGAGAUUGUUUGAUGAAAUGCCUGAGAGAAAUGUGGUUUCUUGGAGUGGGAUGAUAUAUGGGUAUGCUCAGUUAGGUGAAUUUGGGGAAGCUUUGACGUUAUUCAAACAAGCUUUGUAUGAACGCUUGGAAGUGAAUGAUUUUACGUUUUCGAGUGUGGUACAGGUUUGUGCUAACUUGACUCUGCUUCAGUUAGGUAAGCAGAUACAUGGGUUGUGCUUUAAAACGAAUUAUGAUUUGUCAAGUUUCGUAGGGAGUUCUUUGAUAUCUUUGUAUUCUAAGUGUGGAGUGAUCGGAGGGGCUUACCGGGUUUUUGAUGAAGCCUGUGUUAAGAAUCUAGGGAUGUGGAAUGCAAUGCUGAUUGCUUGUGCUCAGCAUUCACAUACAGAGAAAGCAUUUGGUUUGUUUAAACAGAUGCAAGAUCUUGGGGUCAAACCGAAUUUUAUAACCUUUUUGUGUGUGCUUUAUGCUUGUAGCCAUGCCGGGCUUGUUGAAAAGGGGCAGUUUUACUUUGAUUCAAUGAAGGAGUAUGGAAUUGAGCCAGGAGAUCAACAUUAUGCUUCUUUGGUUGAUUUAUUUGGUCGUGCAGGUAAAUUGCAGGAGGCACUUUCAAUCAUCAGAGAAAUGCCUAUUCAGCCAACAGAGUCUGUCUGGGGAGCUUUUUUAACAGGGUGUCAAAUUCAUGGGAAAACUGAAUUAGCAGCUUAUGCUGCAGAUAGGAUCUUUGAGUUGGGACCUGUUAGCUCAGGUUUGCAUGUGUUAUUGUCUAAUGCUUAUGCCGCAGCUAGGAGAUACGAGGAUGCAGCCAAAGCUAGGAAGAUGCUCAGGGACCAAGGGAUUAAGAAAGAGACAGGUUUGAGUUGGGUUGAGGAGGGAAAUAAGGUUCACACAUUUGCUGCUGGGGAUAGGUCUCAUGCAAAAACAAAAGAAAUUUACCAAAAAUUAGAGGAAUUAGGAGACGAAAUGGAGCGAGCCGGUUAUAUUGCAGACACAAGUUUUGUGCUGAGAGAAGUAGAUGGUGAAGAAAAGAAUCAGACAAUCCGAUAUCAUAGUGAAAGACUAGCUGUUGCAUUUGGGCUCAUUACCUUUCCACCAGAUAGGCCAAUUAGGGUUAUGAAGAACUUACGCAUUUGUGGUGAUUGUCAUACAGCAAUCAAGUUUAUGUCCAAGUGCUCUGGAAGAGUAAUUAUUGUGAGGGAUAACAACCGAUUUCAUCAUUUUGUCGAUGGCAAAUGCUCCUGUGGUGACUAUUGGUGAAUGAAUUAUAAGAUACAAUUAUUGUACCCUAACCAAAUUCUGAAACAAGAAGUGGGAAGAAAUAACUUAGAAAGAGUAUAUUGUGAGAUAAACAAGUGGUUCCAUUGUUUUGAGGAUGGCAAAAUGCUCCUUUUAUGACUAUUGAUGAACAAAUUGUAAGAUGAUACUUAUUGUUCCUUAACAAAGUUUUGAAAUCAGAAGCGGGAAAAACCAAAGAAAACCUUUUUUUCUUUUAUUUAUAACUAUUUGCUUAUCUGUUUUUCUUUAUGUGAUGUUUGAUGCUUAAGGAUCACUAAGCCACUAUGCAUGCAUUUGCUUUUUAAAGUGCCAUUCUGGUGCUUACUAUCCUAUUUUUAAAUCUGUAAUGUUUGAUCAUAGACCAGUGAUGUGGCGUGAUGUAUCAAAAAGAAAAAGAUUGUACUGUAGCAAAAAUUCCCAAGAACUCGGAUAAUAUUGUACAUAUAGACUUGCUAUACGGAUAGCAGAUUUUAUUCUACUUCGUGGUGUUCAUUCCCUUGUAAUUACUCAUCUUUCCAUAUGAUGAACAU